AUGAAAAAGGAAAAGGCGGGAAACGAGAGUGGACUCGAGUGGCAAGUAUCGGCUGCGCCUCCUCGUCGACGUGUUGCCUCGAAUUAUCAAACCGUUGAAGACGUUGCAGCUGAACGUAGUGGCGUAAGCAUCAGUCGUCCACCCAUGGCCAAGUUUUCCUCGCAUCCGAAUCAGUCUCAGACGCAUCAGAAUCAGUCUCAGACGCAACAGCCUCUUGCCGCCUUGACGUCAUCUGGACCACUUCGACCGCCACGACCGGGUGCUGGUUCUUUUGAGUUACUUCAGGCCAAAUUUGGCUUCCAGGAAGGAAAUGUACGCAAUCAAAAGGAACAUUUUGAAGUGUGGGUACUGAAUUACGAAUCACGCGUCAGUGACGCGAAUGUGACGCCUGGUGACACGGCAAAGGCCAUUGAAACGAUUCAUGCAAAGUUCUUUCGUAAUUACGUCAAAUGGUGCCAGUUUUUACACACGCAGCCGUUUUUACUCGAUACUGCACCGUAUCCUGGGGCAGCAGAACGCCAGGUUGCACUGUUUUUGCUCAUCUGGGGCGAAAGUGCGAAUUUGCGCUUUAUGCCCGAAUGUUUGUGCUUUUUGUACCAUAAAAUGGUCGCGAAAUUGGAGGAUAUGGAGAAUUUGCCCAAUGUACCGGAAAAUACGUUUUUGUGCCGUAUUGUGCGUCCACUGUACUUGGUUGUAGCCAAGAUGCGUGAUGUGACACUGCAGAAGAAUGGGGCGGGCGUGGACCACAAGAAUGUGACGAAUUAUGACGAUGCCAACGAGUUUUUUUGGCGAGAGAUUUGUCUGGAUUUUGACGAGUUUACAGCGGCCGAAGCAAUGCAGAUGCAAGAAUUUAAGACGUUUAAGGAACGACGGAGUUUUUGCAAUCCGAUGUUGGCGUUCUUUCGCAUUUACUUUUUUCUGUUUGUCAUGCUGCACAUACUGAUUGUGAUUGCCUAUGUGGCAUAUCGAUCGGACCCGGACGACGUGGAUGGAUUCAGAUUUUAUGCAAACUUUUUCACGUCUGAGAUAUCGGAUAUCCGUAAUCAUUCUUUCUACUCGAUCUUUGUAACGGUUAGCGGUAUGUUAACGCUAAAGGUCGUGCUAGACGUUUGGAUUGAUGGUCCCCGCAUUUUUAGCCGCUUGAUGUAUGCCGUGUCGGUGUUUAUCCGUCUCGUGUGGCACACCAUCUUCUUUAGCCUCUUUAUGGCUGUGAACACGGCCCCGUACAAGGUGCUUUUUGGCUCGAGCGACUUACUUACGAUGGCGCCUACUUUGAUCGUUUUGUACAUGGCGCCUAUCACGAUCGUGUCAAUUGUUCAGAUGCUCUUUCGCGGAGUGAUUUGGAAAUCAGCUAUCUUGAGCUCGUUGGAUGGAACGCGUGAACAGUACGUUGGCCGCACGAUGGGUCAGAAGUGGGGGGACUUUUUGGGUUAUGGAGCGUUUUGGACGUUUAUUUUCGUGUGCAAGUUUUUGUUCAACUUGCAGCUUAUGGUGAAGCCUCUUAUUGCACCGAGCGUAGAAAUUUACCACGUGGAUGUUUCCUCUGCUCAGCUCAAGAAUGGUAUUUUUGAGUCGAACCAUAACAUUGCGUUUCUGGCUGCUAUGUGGGCACCAGUGGUUCUCGUGUACAUCUACGAUUCUCAGAUCUGGCUUGCCAUUGCGCAGGCAAUAGUAGGCGCCUGGAUUGGUUUUCGCCUUAAAAUUGGCCACUCAGCUCGUACUAACGAGUUUGUGACGCGUCUUCGCGAGGCCCCCACUCUCUUUGACGAGAAAGUGGUGUCUGCGGCAGCCCGCGGGCAACUUGCAAUCAACAACAACCCGUUGUCAUCGGCCAGUGUUGACCCUGCUGCAAACAGCCGUCUACGUUUUGCCGUGGUGUGGAACGAAAUUGUAAGCAGUUUUCGUUUGUCUGAUCUACUGGACGACAGAGAGACCGCCAUUCUUCAAUAUCAAAUUUCUGACAACGGCACCGUCGAAGAACCUGUGUUUUUGAUCGCUGGCGAGGCACAAAGGGCCGCGGAUAUUGCUGCUAAGGCUAAAGCCAAGCGCAUGAGCGAUGGCCAGUUACUGAAAUCACUCAAGAAGGCAGGAGUACUGGGCUGUGCCAACAAUUGCGUCGACAUCUUGUUCCAGAUCUUGCGACAGCUAUUAGGCACUCAAGACUCCGUAUUGAUUGGUAUGUUCCACCAGAUUCUGACUGGAGGCAAGAUAAGCGGCGUUGUGAAUCUCACUCACAUUGGAUUGGUCCGUGAGAACGUUGUCGAAUUGCUUGCAAGCAUCUUGGAUUUACCGGAGCCGACCGUGGUGCCUACGAACGGCACAGUUGGCUUUCCGCAUGACCAGGUCCAGGGUGUUGUGCAGCGUCUGGACGCUCUGCUGAAGAGCAUGGAACUCAUGCUGGAGGAGGAGUGGAUGGCGGAGAAGUUGCGUAAGUCAGUGUUCGCUAAUAUGACGCCUGAUCUUGCCUAUCAGAAGGAACAGUUGUUGUCGAUCUUUGCAGACCGCAUAAGCCAACGCGACUCCGACUCGCCUACGCACAUGACUUCACCGAGUUCUAAUGAGAGCGUGGUGUCGCUCUCUACGCGACUAUUCUUCUUGCUGACUCUGGAUGCUGCGGAUGCGCUGCCUCGUUGCCAUGAAGCCCAGCGCCGCAUGAGUUUUUUCUUGAACUCUUUACACAUGAAGAUUCCAGCCAUUGACUCAAUUGCAGCGAUGAAAUCGUUCUCUGUGGUCACGCCGUACUACAACGAAACGGUGCUCUUUUCGAUCGAUGAGCUAAAUGGACGUAUAGACUCGAACCCGCUUUUCCGCAAGGUGGAGCAGAAAGGCCGCGAUCUCAGCAUUUUGAAGUACCUAAUUACUUUCCACGACGAUGAAUGGGGCAACUUCCUUGAACGUGUGGGUGUGGCUUCUAUGGACGAGGCCCUAGUUGAGACGCCGACGCAAGUUCGUCUUUGGGCAUCGAUGCGUGGACAAACGUUGGCACGCACGGUGCACGGCAUGAUGAUGUAUGAGGACGCGCUGAAGAUGUUGCGCUGGCUCGAAAUUGGGUCGGAUACGAAUAUUACACAUUUGGAAAAGAUAAAGCACAUGGAUCGCAUCGCUGGUCUGAAGUUCUCGUACGUGACAAGUUGCCAGAUUUACGCCGAUCAACUUGCGGCAGGAGACUCUCGCGCUGCGGAUAUCGAUUUGCUUAUGCGGAAGUAUCCAAACUGGCGUGUGAGCUACGUCGACACGGUUCGCCCCCCUGUAGGGAGUGGCACAGAACCUCGUUUCGACUGUGUGCUGGUAAAGUCGGAUGGUGAUGAAAUCGUUGAAGUGUAUCGUUACGAGCUGCCUGGCAACCCAAUGGUAGGCGAGGGAAAGCCUGAGAAUCAGAAUAUUGCUCUUCCAUUCACUCGUGGUGAGUACGUACAGACGAUUGAUAUGAACCAGGAGCACUAUUUUGAAGAAGCGCUCAAGAUUCCGAAUUUUUUGGCGACUGCUACAGCAGACGGACAAAACGUCACUAUUAUCGGUAUGAAGGAACACAUUUUCACUGGUCGAGCAUCGUCUUUGGCCCAUUUCAUGACGUUGCAAGAGUUGGUGUUUGUGAGUCUGACGCAGCGUGUGCUGGCAAACCCCCUUCAGAGCCGUAUGCACUACGGUCACCCGGACGUAUUCGAGAAGUCGUUUAUCAUGUCCAAUGGUGGUGUGUCCAAGGCAAGCAAGGGUAUUAACUUGUCUGAAGAUGUGUUUGCUGGUUACAAUGUGGCACUUCGUGGCGAGAAGGUUACGCACCAAGAGUUCAUGCAGUGCGGCAAGGGCCGUGAUGUGACUUUGAGUCAAAUCAACGCUUUCGAAGCCAAGCUGUCAAAUGGUAGCGCUGAAAGCUCGCUAAGUCGCGAGUCGCACCGAAUGGGUGCCGGCAUGGAUUUCUUCCGUUUGAAUUCUAUGUUUUAUGGUCACAUGGGAUUUUACAUUUGUAAUGCACUGGUGGUGCUGUGUGUGUUCGCGUACGCGUAUGGCAAAGUGUACAUCGUGCUGCACCGAGAGAUUGAGGAAUCUGCGAUUAUUACGACGAGCCACCUAGAUGAUCUUGCCCAGGUGAUGAACACGCAGUUUAUCUUCCAGUUUGGCAUGUUGAUGACCAUUCCGUUGAUCGCCACAUUAUUUGUAGAGUACGGGUGGCACCAGGCAGUGGUUAAUUUUGUGGAGCUGGUUGUGACUCUUGGUCCAGUGUUCUACAUUUUCGAGACUGGUACGAAGUCGCACUUCUACGACAUUGCCAUUAUGCGUGGUGGUUCUAAGUACCGAGGCACGGGUCGUGGCUUUGCCAUCGUUCGUGAAACAUUGGUGAACUUUUACAAGGAGUAUGCUGCUUCGCACUACCGCAAGGCUAUGGAACUGAUGGGUCUGAUGAUUAUCUUUGGUAUUUACGGUAAUUUCAGCAUUGGCACAAAUGUGCUGACUGAAUACUGUGCCACUGCGGACUUUGACUGUGACAAGAACCCCGACCGGAUUCCAUCGAACAUCACGCUUUUGGAUUCGUAUAGCUCAAAAGGCCAGGACUACGGCAUCGCUUCUUUUGCUGUAUGGUUGCUUGGCACGUGCUGGCUGCUUGCGCCGUUUUUGUUUAACACAGACGGCUUGGACUUUUCCAAAACACGAGUGGAUGUCGUCUACUGGCUUUCGUGGCUUAUGUCAGUAAAGGAGGAAAAUGAUGACGAAGGGACGCUACCAAACCACAGGGGUCUUUCUAUACCGACAGACACAUGGAAUGAUUUUUACAACUAUGAAGCCAGUCUCAUGUACCCUGUUGGUCCAAUGAGCCGCUUUGUCUACGCAGUCCGUGAUCUCCGCCACCCGUUGGUUAUGUACUAUAUCUUCAUCUACUCGUUCAGCCUGAGCGACAUUGGAAUGCUGUUGGCAUGUGUUGGUGGCAUUGCUAUCUUGUUGUGGAUCGGCGGCUUUGGCUUGGGGAUGUUUAUGCGGAACAAAGCUUGUGCUUUUCGGGCUAUACUGUAUAUCUUCAUGGUGUUACUUAUUGGUGUCGCGCCAUUUAUCGUGGGCUCCAUGCAAGACUGGGACGGCAUCAAGUCCUUUUCGUUGACCGUGUCCAUCUUCACUGGACUUUUCUCGCUUCUGCACUAUCUGCAACUAAUGCACGGGUUGUUUGGACUGCCCGUUGCCAAGUGGGGUCUUGUGCGCGAACUUGCUUUUUUCUUUGACGUGGUUGUCGGUCUGUUCUUAGCGUUUCCGCUCAUUGUUCUGUCGGCUUUCCCGUUCAUGAAGACGAUCCAAACUCGAAUGAUGUACAACGGUGGUUUUUCACGUGCACUGAGCUCUGGAAGUGAGUUUGCUGCCUCGUUAAGUGUGGUUGUGGGUGGUCUGGGUGGUUUCGCGUAUGGCUGGUUGACAUGCCUCAUUUUUUCGCUGGGAUAUGUGAAUUCGUCGUCGGACAACUUUGUGAAUCAAUCGUUUGUCUACUACAACAAUGAGGUGUUGGGUCGUGCAUUAGAUUUGGCUUUAAUCAAGGUAUAUGCUGCUGGGGCGGGUGCGGCUGGAGUCAUCCUGAGUGGCGCUUUAGCGCACAUUAUCGGCCGUCGAUGGACGAUUGAGGUCUCGUGCGCGGUAACGUUCGCUGGUUGUGCCCUCGUGUGGCUUGAGUCGAGCUCAAUGGUGCUGAUCGGAAUUUGCUUGGCAUCGGCGGGUAUCGCAAUGCUCUCACUUGUGUGUCCACUAUACAACUUUGAAAUCUGUAUGCAAGGCUGGAAAGGAAAGGGUGUAUUGAUGUUUCUCACGAGUGCUGCACUAGGCUAUAUGAUUGAGGCGGUGCUCGUGAAUAACAUCGACGCCACGGCCAUGUCGAAAAACUGGCGCAACUCACCGUUCCAUGAUUGGCAGUGGCAGUUUAUUUUCGGAAUCAUUCCGCUUGUACUGCUGGUGCCAAGCGUGUUCUUCCUUCCAGAAAGCCAUUACUGGGAAUAUCGUCAUAAAAAUGACCCUAAAGCGGCCGAGGCAAAGCUGGUCUGCUUGCGUCAGCGUCACGACGUUAUGGAAGAAUUGAGUGAGCUGAAGGAGUCAUUUGUGGUCAAGAAAGGUCAUGUAAACAUGUUGUUCCGUAUCGUAUUGGUGGUUGUGCUGCAAGCAACUUUUGCGCUCUUCACGUCUGGUGCGUUACUGCUACGUGUGCUCGUUCAGCCGACUCCCAGUCAGGCUGGCGCGCAAACAUCUCGAUGGAUGAUUUACUACGGCAUUAUGACAUUUGUGGGCACCUUGCUGAGUUUGCUUACGGUCGAUAACGUGCGCCGCAAAACCAUUUUCAAGGACGUGCUUCCAUUCACGGCAGUUUUGUCGGCUGCAUGUGGGGCGCUAGGGCUGGCAAAUCAGGAAAAUAGCAGCAUUACCCAGAUCUUGCUAUGCGUGACUUUUGUCAGUGGCACACUGAGCGUUACGUGUGGCACAUGGCUUACUGCGAUCGAGGUGUUCCCACCGUACCAGAACGGACGAUACAUCGCCAUGUCUUUCGCUGCGUACUAUGCCGUACAGGCUGCGAUCUACGUGGCGGAGCCGUCGUUUGCUAUGAGCCACUUGGUAUUCGCGGGUCUGUGCCUGUUGCUCACAGUCUUCAUGUUCAUCGUGUGUGCCAGCUCCAAGCAUGGUGCCAUUGAGCUCAAGAGCGAGAAGAAGAUGCGUAAGGAUGUUGAAGAAUCUCGCAACGCGCAGUCCUUUAAUGCCGGUGCGUCUCGUUCCCAGAGUAUCUUGCGCUCGCGCUCGCGUUCCCAGGCGCACCGCACAUCGUCGCACUAUGCAGUUCCGACUACGACGCCACAAGAAAACAGCUAUUCGAACUUUGAGUCUCCUGCUGGUCUCAAAGCGCGCAAUGCACGUCGAACACGUAACAACUCCCAAGCAUUGUAG